GGCAGUGGGUUGCGGACUGUGGGCUGCGUGCCGCGGGCGGGGAUCCAGGCGGUCGGACCGGGUCGAGCUGUCUAAAGGCCGAGCUCUAGGGCCUGCGAGAAUGCUGGCUGUCCCAGAGGUGGGCCUUCGGGGGCUGUACAUCGGCUCCAGCCCAGAGCGUUCCCCAGUGCCCAGCCCACCCGGCUCCCCAAGGACCCAGGAAAGCUGUGGCAUUGCCCCCCUCACACCCUCACAGUCACCAAAGCCAGAGGCCCGAGUUCCCCAGCAGGCCUCCUUCUCUGUGGUAGUUGCCAUUGACUUCGGUACCACGUCCAGCGGCUAUGCCUUCAGCUUUACCAGUGACCCGGAGUCCAUCCACAUGAUGAGGAAAUGGGAGGGUGGGGAUCCUGGUGUGGCCCACCAGAAGACUCCUACCUGCCUACUGCUGACUCCAGAGGGCACCUUUCACAGUUUUGGCUAUACGGCCCGAGAUUACUACCAUGACCUGGACCCUGAGGAGGCCCGGGACUGGCUCUACUUCGAGAAAUUCAAGAUGAAGAUCCAUAGUGCCACGGAUCUCACCUUGAAGACCCAGCUAGAGGCCGUAAAUGGAAAGAAGAUGCCAGCCCUGGAGGUGUUUGCCCAUGCCCUGCACUUCUUCAAGGAGCAUGCCCUGCAGGAACUGAGGGAGCAGUGCCCAUCACUGCCAGAGAAGGACACCGUGCGCUGGGUGUUGACAGUGCCUGCCAUCUGGAAGCAGCCAGCCAAGCAAUUCAUGCGGGAGGCCGCCUACCUUGCUGGCCUCGUGUCUCGAGAGAAUGCAGAACAGCUACUCAUCGCUCUGGAGCCUGAGGCAGCCUCCGUCUACUGCCGGAAGCUGCGGCUGCACCAGCUCAUGGACCUGAGUAGCAGAACCCCAAGUGGUGGGCGACUGGGUGGCGAGCGCCGGUCCAUUGACUCCAGCUUCCGGCAGGCCCGUGAGCAGCUGCGAAGGUCCCGCCACAGCCGUACAUUCCUGGUAGAGUCAGGAGUGGGAGAGCUGUGGGCAGAAAUGCAAGCAGGGGACCGUUACAUGGUGGCAGACUGCGGGGGAGGCACUGUGGACCUGACCGUGCACCAGCUGGAGCAGCCCCAUGGUACUCUGAAGGAGCUCUACAAGGCAUCUGGAGGCCCCUACGGCGCGGUGGGUGUGGACUUGGCUUUUGAGCAGUUACUCUGCCGCAUCUUCGGAGAGGACUUCAUUUCCACCUUCAAAAGGCAACGACCAGCAGCCUGGGUGGAUCUGACCAUCGCCUUCGAGGCCCGCAAACGCACAGCGGGUCCGCACCGGGCAGGGGCGCUUAACAUCUCGCUGCCUUUCUCCUUCAUUGACUUCUACCGAAAGCAGCGAGGACACAACGUGGAGACUGCCCUGCGCAGGAGCAGUGUGAACUUCGUGAAGUGGUCCUCCCAGGGGAUGCUUCGGAUGUCUUGUGAGGCCAUGAAUGAGCUUUUUCAGCCCACAGUCAAUGGGAUCAUCCAGCAUAUAGAGGCGCUGCUGGAGCGGCCAGAGGUGCAAGGCGUGAAGUUGCUGUUCCUGGUGGGCGGCUUUGCAGAGUCGGCAGUGCUGCAGCACGCAGUGCAGGCGGCGCUGGGCGCCCGCGGCCUGCGUGUUGUGGUCCCGCACGACGUCAGCCUCACCAUUCUCAAGGGUGCCGUACUCUUCGGUCAGGCGCCAGGCGUGGUGAGGGUGCGCCGCUCGCCGCUCACCUAUGGCGUGGGCGUACUCAACCGCUUUGUGCCCGGGCGCCACCCGCCGGACAAGCUGCUGGUACGCGACGGCCGUCGCUGGUGCACCGAUGUCUUCGAGCGUUUCGUGGCCGCCGAGCAGUCGGUGGCCUUGGGCGAAGAGGUUCGCCGCAGCUACUGCCCGGCGCGCCCGGGCCAGCGGCGCGUACUGAUCAACCUGUACUGCUGCGCUGCGGAAGACGCACGCUUCAUCACUGACCCGGGUGUGCGCAAGUGCGGCGCGCUCAGCCUGGAGCUCGAGCCAGCCGAGGGCGGCCAGGACAGCGCCGGCGCGCCCCCCAGCCGCCGCGAGAUCCGCGCAGCCAUGCAGUUUGGUGACACCGAGAUUAAGGUCACCGCCGUAGACGUCAGCACCAAUCGCUCGGUGCGCGCCGCUAUUGACUUUCUUUCCCACUAAGGGCGCAGUACAGUGCCAGCCCCUUUUGGCUCAGGCCCUCCCUCUUCCGGGGCUUGAGGACGCACUAGUUCAAAAGUCGGCGCCCCCAGCUGGAGAGAUGAGGUCGAGGGAGGGAGGGAGGGUGGGGACACUUGGAGACUUGCU